UUCAUCCAAUCACUGCCGGCGUUACGUGAUUCCCCUGUCAUGGCUGCGCCUGUCGCUCUCAUUCAGGGCGCUAGCAGAGGUCUGGGGCUUGCAUUUUGCAAGCAUAUCCUGAAAAAUAAACCUCCCGCUGCCGUCAUAGCAACAUGCCGAAACCCGGACGGGGCUGCCGCACUGCGGGACCUAGCUGGAGACCACCCAGGUAGGCUCACUGUCCUCCAGCUGGAUGUGAAUCGGGAGGAUGACAUCCGCGGAGCGGCUGCUCGUAUCAAGGAGAGUUUCAGUCGGCUGGAUUUGAUCGUCAACUCUUCGGCGAUGCUUCACCCCACCGGGAAAGGCGAGACCAGUCUGAGGGACGUUACUGCUCAGGGCAUCAUUUCCACCUUGACGACAAACACAGUGGGUCCUCUGGUUAUGGCAAAGUAUUUUGCCCCCCUCCUUCAGAAGGGUGGCGGUGGUUUCGGUCAACAGGCCACAGAGAAGGCCAAGCAGCAUAGUGGCAUCAUCGUCAACAUCACUGCCAAAGUGGGAUCAAUUGGUGAUAAUGCUCUUGGAGGUUGGUAUAGCUACAGGAUGUCUAAAGCAGCUCUCAACAUGGCCACCAGGAAUCUGUCCAUAGAGUUGGGCCGCAGUCGACCCAAGGUGGUGUGUGUGUCCUUACAUCCAGGGACAGUGAACACAGACCUCUCCCGACCAUAUCACAGGAAUGUGCCACAAAACAAGUUGUUCAGUACUGAACUCUCUGUGAACUGUCUGAUGAGCAUCAUAGACACACUAAAUAUGGAAAAGACUGGCAAGGCAUACAGCUGGGACGGGACUGAGCUUCCGUGGUAAAAUCAUUGAUUAGAGGGAGAGGACUUUUUUUUUCUCAUUUGAUGUCAGUUUUCUCAGCACCGUCUUAAACUGUGCAGUAAGAUAAAUCUCACACUGAAGUAUUAAAAUAAUUAAAAAUAAAAUGGUGCAGGAUGUUCUUGGUGGAUUCACAGUCAAAGUCUAACCAGCUGAAAACUCUUCUACUCCCUCACAACCAGCUAAUUUGCUUUACUCACCUGCAGUGCUUACAACUGACAAUUGAAACCCAGGUCUUCUUGCUGCAAAGGCAAAAGUGCUAACCACUUCUCCAACCAUGUGCCCCCCCUUUGAUUCUUACUCAACAAUAAUAAAGUUGGAGUCAUUAGGGACAUGAAA